UCCAACAUCUAAUAAUAACAAUAGAUUGUAUUAAAAGCCAAUUGAACUCUGAGCUUCUACCUGCAUGUUAGGCUGCCUGGUUCAACAAGGUUCGGUGAGGUUCGGUAGGUUCGGUAGGUUGAGUUCAUGUGGGUUUUACUAACCGCUUCCUGUUGAUGGGACAUCUGGAAACCAGCUCUCCGCAACAUGACGACAGGAAUUGGAGGCUUUGAUAUGCUCUCUCGCCCGCUGACAGAGACCCACCGCAGGGGGCGUGGCCCGACAGCAGAAGCCCUGCCCACUGAUCUCCCAUUGGUCGAUGCAGACGAGGCUCCUGCAGGAGGACCCGCCCCCCCGGCCCCUCCCUGCUGCUCCUGCGCCUCCCUCUUGCCCCGCCUCCUGGCGGCUCACCGCAUGGAGGUGCGGCGCCUCCUACGAGGAGCUUUGUCGUCUCUCGGCCGCCGUAUGGACUCUCUGGAGAGGAAGAGGAGGAAGAGGAGGAAGGACGGAGGAAGAGGAGGUCCUCCUAGUAUCACCUGCAACUCCUUCUCUUGCUCACCUGCAUCGUUGCCUCAUGUCAUCACUUCCUCUUCGUGGUCACCCUCCGCUUCAUCAGACCGUAUCAACCCAACUCCUUCCUGCAGCUUCAGCCAAUCAGAGCAGAGUAGGAGGGGCAGUGAAGGAGAGGAGGUGAGGAGGAGGAAGAGGAGGAGAAGCCAUGAAGGCUUUCUUCCUCCAGGGAAUGAGGAGGAGGAGGAAGAGGAGAGGUUUGUGGGUCAGAUGGUGGUCUCUGUCAGAGGAAGAGGAGGACCUGAGGAAGCAGAGACAGAGCCUCUCGUCCUCCAUGACUUCAACCAGAGGAAACGCAGACGAAGGGUCAGCCAAUCAGAGCAGGGCUUCAGCGUGCUGGUGAAGAAGAACGGCUACAGCUCCCAGCAUGCACUGCUUCCUCUGCAGGCGGCCGAGAUUGGCCAGACCUGUGGCCAAUCACAAGCCCUCGCUGUGCUGCCUGGACGGUGGAUGUUUUGUGACAUCAUCACGCACCUGUCCUCCAAACGGACCCACCCACAGCCAUGGCUGCAGAACCCCACCCCAGUGCUACACCUGUCUGCCGUUGCCAUGGAGACGGUGUUAGACUGGGUGAAGGGCGGAGCCUAUUGGAGUCCUCUGCGUUCUCUGAGGGACUGGACAGCACCGCCCAGUUUGGACAGCGACCACAGCUACAUAAGAAGACCGACAACCAGCUGUACAGGUUCUCUCCAGGGUCAUCACAAGCUGUGGUCCAAUCACAGUACCUGGAGCCUGUGGUUGCCAAGGCGACGAGCCUUGCCCCUAAAUUUAUGUUCAGCCAAUGGGCUGUCUGCUGCCCUCCCUGCUGACCAAUCAGCAGCGCUCUCAGAGUUUCACAGCACAAAUGUGAAGCUCAGUAAACGAGUGUCGCAGAUCAGAAUACGGCGUGCGUCGCCGCGGGAGACCCCUCUCACACCAAUGGGACUGCCCAAAGCGAAACGGUUGAAGAAGAAGGAGUUCACCCUGGAGGAGAUCUACACCAACAAGAACUACGAGGCCCCACCCAACAUCAGGAGCCUGGAAACCAUAUUUGAGGAGCCUCGGGAGAAAGAUGGAGCGCUGCUCCUGAUUGGCCAGCAGAAGCGUCGCCGGCUCCUCCUCUUCCCUGACUUCACUCAGCCCAGGAAGAGGAAGAAACCCCAAGGGCUGGGUCUUCCUGUUUCUUUGGUGCCCAGAAAACGAGCCGCAGUGCGGCGACACGUUCACGGCGGCGGGCUGGAUGACGGCAGCGACCUGGACGUGAUGCUGGUGGAGCGCCUGAGCGAACUCGAUGACUUCCUGACUCAGCAGGGCCUGGACGUAUGACAUCAUUUCCUGACAGCUGACUAAAUGGACACACCAAUGGUGACGGUGUGAGGAGGUGAAUGGAGACAUGUCUGCAGAGGCUGAGCCUUGGAUCAGGCAACACCCCCUCCGGGAGGCUCCACCCUCUACAGAUACACCUGUGGACUGCCAGUCUCUGCAGUACCCUGUAGUACUCUGUAGUACUCUGGAGUGUUGUGAACUGUGAUGUUUAUUUCUGAUGAAAACUGUAUUUUUGGACAAAUAAAGUAAUUUCUUGUCUGAAACA